AUGGCGGAGGAUAAUCCGGAACUCCAGGCGGCGCUGCGAGAGCUCGACGCAGAACUGGAGGAUGGCGAUAUUACGGAGAAGGGGUACCAGAAGCGCCGCACACUCCUUCUAUCGCAGUACAUGCCAAAGCCUGCCGCCAGCCAGCCGGAAAACCCACCCCUGCACAGACCACUAAGCUUUGAGCAGAUACCGCGCGGCUCUGAGACUAUCAAUGUCUCGUCUGGGGAACACCCAACUGAUUCUGGAGCUCAAGCACCGCUUUCUCUGAGCGUUGCUCCGCUAAACACACAUCACCAGCCAGAGCAUCACAUGCCUACACACCUACUUGGUGCUUCUAGUGGUGAGCAUACAACGGAAGCGGAGCCUAAUUAUGGUCACUACCAGGGCAGCCAGCUGUCAAGGAUUCAAGAGCAGGAGUUAGGCUUCUCCCUUGCACCCACUGCACCACCUCCUACAGCUCCUAUUGGGCCUACGGGCAAUCGAAAACACUCAGUGGGCUCGUAUGACUCGCUAUUCCUCCCCAAGGGUCCAACGGAUAGCUAUGAAGCCUCCAGAGCAGGGACGCUGGUAAGCCAAAAUUAUGCAUUUAACCCGAAUCAACAGCCGGAGAUAGAACCACCCACACGCCACUCUACUAUCGAUUCGCAGCAAGGCUACUUCUCCGACUUUGCUGGUCACCAGCAGGAACCUAGGAGAGACAGCUAUGGACAGAGCUUCCAACGGUAUUCUCAAAUGGAACCCUUUUCCCCCACCGCGAACAUACCUCCCGCUCCAAUGCCAAUGUCAAGCAUGCCAGGUGGAGCUGCGGUCAACCAUCUUCUUCCGCUCGAACCCCGAGAUAUCCCGUUUGAUGUCCAAGAUCCACAUAAUUCCAAUCUGCCAAUGUCGAGCUUUGAUAAUAUUCCGACUGUUCUCCGACAUCGUGCACGAACGCUACCAAAACAGCCGGCAUAUUGGGUUCUUGAUCAGCGUGGCAAGGAAAUCGCAUCAAUUACUUGGGAGAAACUGGGCAGUCGAGCAGAGAAGGUCGCUCAAGUUAUACGCGACAAAAGUAAUCUAUACAGAGGGGAUAGAGUUGCCCUGGUGUACAGGGACAGUGAGCUCAUCGAAUUCGCUGUGGCGCUAAUGGGAUGUUUUAUCGCUGGUGUUGUUGCAGUCCCGAUCAAUAACCUGGAAGACUAUGCGAGCCUAAACGUUAUCCUCACCUCGACACAAGCUCAUCUCGCUUUGACGACGGAAAACAAUUUAAAGACAUUCCAGAGAGAUAUCACCACCCAAAAACUUAACUGGCCAAGAGGCGUGGAGUGGUGGAAGACAAAUGAGUUUGGCAGUUAUCAUCCAAAGAAAAAAGACGACAUUUUUGAGGGUGGUCCAUUGUCAUCUUCCACUUUAUCGUCCUUUUCUGUCCCCACUGGUGACUUGAGAGGCGUUGUCUUGAGCCACAGGACUAUCAUGCAUCAGAUGGCUUCAUUCAGCGCAGUCAUUGCAUCCGUUCCACCUUCUCAAGACAGCCCGAAAUCUCCCGCCGAGAUUUUGAUGACCUACCUAGAUCCUAGACAUGGUAUUGGUAUGAUUCUGGGAGUACUCCUGACUGUCUAUGGAGGGCAUACAACCGUAUGGUUAGAAUCUCAUGCUGUUGAAACUCCCGGUCUAUACGCCAGUUUGAUCACCAAAUUUAGAGCUACUCUUUUGGCUGCCGAUUAUACUGGGUUGAAGCGAGCUGUUUACAACUAUCAACAGGACCCGAUGACGACAAGAAACUUUAAGAAAAACGUUGAACCAAACUUUUCUAGCUUGAAACUUUGUCUUAUAGAUGCAUUAUCGGUUGAUUGCGAGUUCCAUGAAAUUUUGGCUGAUAGAUGGUUACGUCCACUACGAAAUCCCAGGGCCCGAGAGUUGGUUGCUGCUAUGUUGUGUCUACCAGAGCACGGUGGAAUGGUGAUAUCCAUUAGAGACUGGCUGGGAGGAGAAGAGCGAAUGGGCUGUUCCCUUACGCACGAAAUGCAUCCUGUUGAAGAAGACAAGGAUAGUAAGACUGAAGAUAAGGAAAAAGCAGACGAACCGAAGUCUACCUUUGGAAGCAGCUUGAUUGGCGGAGCUCCUACGGCUUCUCCAAAAACAGAGACUCCGAGAAACGAACUGAGUGAGGUAUUGCUGGACAAGGAAGCAUUGAAGAAUAACGAUGUCGUGGUGCUCGCGCUGGGCGAAGACGCUCGGAAACUCGCAGAUACCACUCCGAACUCGGUAAGAGUAGGUGCUUUUGGAUACCCCCUCGCCGACGCUACUCUUGCUAUUGUCGAUCCAGAAACUGGACUUCUUUGUACACCAAAUCUUAUUGGAGAGAUUUGGGUCGAUUCCCCUUCAUUGUCUGGAGGAUUCUGGGCAUUGCCAAAACACACCGAAACUAUCUUCCAUGCUCGUCCGUUCAGGUUUCAAGAGGGCAGUCCCACACCAGUAAUCGUGGAACCAGAGUUCUUACGAACGGGCUUACUCGGGUGUAUCAUUGAAGGGCAGGUUUUCGUUCUUGGGCUAUACGAGGAUAGAUUGCGCCAAAAGGUAGAAUGGGUUGAACAUGGGGUUGAAAGCACCGAGCAUCGUUAUUUCUUUGUUCAGCAUUUGAUUCUCAGCAUCAUGAAAAAUGUUCCCAAAAUCCACGACUGUUCGGCGUUCGACGUGUUUGUUAAUGACGAGCAUUUACCUGUUAUCCUUUUGGAGUCAUAUGCGGCGUCUACUGCACCAAUUACUUCCGGUGGUCCCCCGCGUGUCCUUGACACCUUACUCCUGGACUCGCUUGCAGAGAGGUGCAUUGAGGUUUUGUAUCAGGAGCAUCAUUUAAGGGUUUACUGCAUCAUGAUAACAGCACCUAACACCUUACCACGAUCGACAAGAAACGGCCGCCAGGAAAUUGGAAACAUGUUGUGCCGCAGAGAAUUUGACAAUGGCACUCUACCUUGUGUUCAUGUCAAAUUCGGCGUUGAAAGAGCAGUGCUCAAUCUCCCUAUCGGUACUGAUCCGGCAGGAGGAAUCUGGUCUCCUUCAUCAUCUGCUGUUCGUCAGGAGGCACUGGCAAUGCAAGAGAAACAGUACUCCGGUGUUGAUAUCAGAGAUGUAAUAAUGGACGACCGGACAUCCACUCCCCUGAACAACUUCGCUAGCAUCGUUGAUCUACUUCAAUGGCGAGUUAGCAGACAGGGAGAGGAACUCUGCUAUUGCUCUAUCGACGGCCGCGGCCGUGAAGGCAAAGCUAUUACUUGGAAGAAAUUCGAUACCAAGGUUGCCGCUGUGGCAGCAUAUCUGAAAAACAAAGUCAAGCUUCGACAAGGAGACCAUGUAAUACUGAUGUAUACCCAUUCCGAAGAUUACGUAUAUGCUGUCCAUGCCUGUCUCUGCCUUGGCCUCGUUAUCAUUCCAAUGGCACCGAUUGACCAGAACCGAUUACCUGAGGAUGCCCCGGCUUUACUGCAUGUGAUUUCAGACUUCCAUGUUAAGGUGAUACUGGUCAACAGUGACGUGAAUGAUCUACUCAAACAAAAGGUUGUCGCCCAACAUAUUAAACAGUCAGCAAAUGUUCUCCGGGUCAGUGUGCCUCAGACGUAUAACACCGCAAAACCUCCCAAACAAUCUCACGGAUGCCGACAUCUGGGGUUCACUUUGAGCGAGGCGGUUGUAAAGUCUCAUUUGCCUGCAAUGGUGUGGACAUAUUGGACACCGGAUCAGAGGAGGCUAUCAGUACAUAUUGGCCACGAUACGAUUAUGGGCAUGUGUAAAGUCCAGAAGGAGACUUGCCAAAUGUCUAGCUCUCGUCCUGUUCUCGGAAGCGUUCGAAGCACCAUGGGUCUCGGAUUCAUCCAUACGUGUCUAAUGGGAAUAUACGUUGGCGCUCCCACCUAUCUGGUAUCCCCGGUUGAUUUUGCUGCCAAUCCAUUGUCUCUCUUCCAUACUUUGGCUAGGUAUAAGAUCAAAGAUACCUAUGCCACUGGGCAAAUGUUGGAUUAUGCCAUGAGUAGCAUGACCGCAAAGGGAUUCCAACUUCAUGAACUGAAGAACUUGAUGGUUGCAACUGACUCUAGGCCAAAAGUGGAUGUUUACCAGAAAGUUCGACUUCAUUUCGCGGCAGUCGGCCUCGAUCGAACUGCGAUUAAUACCAUUUACUCACACGUUCUUAACCCAAUGAUAGCUUCGAGGUCCUAUAUGUGUAUUGAGCCAAUUGAGCUUUGGCUCGAUACACUAUAUCUCCGACAAGGAUACAUCUACCCCGUUGAUCCUGAGACGACGACUAACAGCCUGCUUGUCCAAGACUCAGGUAUGGUUCCUGUGAGCACUCAAAUUGCCAUCGUGAACCCCGAGACAUGUUGCCUGUCCCAUGUCGGAGAAUACGGGGAGAUUUGGGUCCAAUCUGAGGCGUGCGCGAAGGCUUUCUAUGGAUCUAUGCAAGAAUUCGACCUUGAGCGCUUCCGAGGGCGUAUUGUUGAUGGUGACCCGGAUGCUGUCUAUGUUCGCACAGGCGACCUAGGUUUCUUGCAUACAGUUACGCGACCGAUUGGGCCAGGUGGGCAGCCUGUCGAGAUGCAAGUUCUAUUCGUCCUCGGCGGUAUCGGAGAAACGUUCGAAAUCAAUGGCCUUAACCACUUCCCCGUUGAUAUCGAGGUCACUAUAGAAAAUUGCCAUAGAAAUAUUGUCAAAGGCGGCAGCGCGGUCUUUCAAGCGGGAGGUUUAACUGUCGCUUUGGUAGAAGUUACUCGCAAAGCAUAUUUGGCCUCCAUGGUGCCUGUUAUCGUGAACAGUGUGCUAAACGAGCACCAAGUAGUUACGGACAUUGUGGCCUUUGUUCCUCGUGGUCAUUUCCCUCGAUCCCGUCUAGGCGAAAAACAACGUGGAAAGAUUCUAGCCACUUGGGUAACGCAGAAGCUAAGAACUAUCGCUCAAUUCAAUAUCCGUGAUGGUGGUAGUCAUGAUAUGAAGGCUGGCGAAGCGCCAGAGCGACGCCAAUCUUCUAAAGCCGGCAGUAUCAUGGAUUCCAGCAUCCUUCAGCACCAAACUGCAUCCCCAUAUCCUGAAGCGGAAGACUAUAGUCAAAUGCAACAGCCGCCCGUUAGUGGCGCGGCCCCUGGUGCUUCUGAAGGUAUUGCGGAUUAUGUCGAUCCAUCUCUAAUCGGUGGAGACAAUGUUGGGCACUAUCAGGAUCCCGGCACUGUGAACCAUGAUGUAUCACAUCAACAGCCUCUUCGUGCUCAGGAGCAAAGCAUUCCUAUCGGGGAAGGUACAGGGGUUAUUUCACAUAUGGGUAAUCCAGAUAUUCAACGGGUCCAGAGCCCUGAACGCUACUCUGGAAACAGCAGUGACAGCAUAAACAAGACUGCUUCUCCAGCUGUUCCCUCUGUUGGCGGUGAGAUUCCUCGCCACAAUAGCGCGUCCCCUCCUCGAACCGGUCUGCGCGUUCAUAAUGGAGACGAACAUCUUCCCCGCCCACAUUCAACAGCUCCAGAUUUUGGGAUUUUCGAACAGGCGCAGUUACUACCUCCAGUGAAGAGGAAAGAAGUGGCCGCCACGUACACUCUACCAACGAGAAAUAGCAGUAUUCAAAAAGAUAAUUUCCAUGGCACUCCUAUCGGUACCACCGGCCAUGGAAAUGGGGGAAUUCAUGACAAUACGCAAUAUGACGACGAAGCUUAUGAUAUCAUCGAUAAUUGGACGGAGGAUACAGGUGCUUCUCACCCUCAGCACCAAUAA